AUGGCUCCCCUCCCAAGCCUUGUCAACGUCAACACACUGUCUCCUCGGGUCAAUAAAUACGAGGUUGACUACCAGAAAGAAAUCGCCCUCGCCAAACUACUUUUCGGGCUCAUCAUAGCAGCCUUCACCAUCUUCUUGGGCUUCACAAUCUAUCAGAAGAUGAAGUCCAAGUAUAAGGAAGAAUGGAAGCCCAAGCUUAAGCCUAAGCUUCGGGACUGCAAGGAGAAAUAUGAGGGCUGGAAGGAGAAGAUGAAGACCUGGCAUGGCCCCAAAGAACCAAAGACGCCGAAGCCUGCUCACGUGGCCGAUCGCCCUGCUUCUAAGGCUCCGGAGGUCAACCAGAUCACAAGUGAUCUGACCCCGGAUUACCUGAAGAUGUCGACGGCGGUUAUCGUCUAG